AUGCCAACUGUUAACGAGACACUUCCGCUUUCCUCCAAGUGGGAUGCUGCUGUUGCUACUGCGGUUGCUACUACUGUUGCUACUACUGCUGCUACUACUGCUGCCACUACUGCUGCCACUACUGCUGCUACUGCUGCUGGUGCCGCCACUGCUGUUGUCCAAAAUCACCGCUUACUGAAAAUAACGCUCAAAAAAAAUUUCUCAUCAUUUGAUUUCCAAAUUAAUUAA